CUUCCGCCGUACGGGUCGUGUGCGCGUUCGUCGCUAAGUAGUCGCGCUUUUAUCUUCUUUUCCGUUUCCCAACGAUUAGCCUACUUGAUUUUCGUGAUUCGUUGUCCCGUUUACUCAUAAAUUCGUGAAGAACAGCAAAUCGUUAUUAGUUGUGGCUUGCUUGGAUUCGGUUAUUCAAUGCAUUUCCUGCACCCAUUCAUUCAUUGAUCGAGUGAAGUACGUGAAUUUUGCUCCGUCCAUCGCAGCAUCCACUUCGACGGAGCAAUGUUGGAGCAUGCGCGUGGUAGUUUCUAUCUCCUGGGAGGAAAAUGUGCUCUCUUGUGCCCCUAGAAUGUCAUCCACACCAACGAUCAGAGUUUAGCAGAGCAUCAGCAGUACCAACAUCGACCAGCAGGCAGUGAAUAAUAUGAAAUAUCUCGCACCGAACGGUCGCAUCCAGUGUGCAAAGAAACAGUCGAUGGGAAGCGGGAAUUUGUGAACAGAAAAGUCAACAGUCGCGUUAUGUAUAUUUAUAUUGUGGAUAGUGAAGAUUAUAAAUAAUUUCGGAUUAUCGUGCCAAAAAGUGCGCGCCAUUUGCGACGACCAGGGACGGCGUUAAGGAUUAAAAGUGCAUCAAUGCAUUCCUUACGGGGAAAAUAUUGUUGUGAGUGAUUUCAAGCUGAACGAGCUCAAAGUUCCUGGUGUUCGGAUCGACAAAGGAACGAAAAUUCCGAACAGCUGCCAAGCGGAGGCGAUUUGUGAUGAUGAUGAUGGUGAUAAAGGAAGCUGCAAAUGUAGCAAUUUGUUUAAAUUAGAUAAAUUUGUGCCUGAAAGAGCGUGAUUUGGUGAUUUGCUUACUGCGAUGAAAUAGCAGGCGUGUUUGUGAGCAGCAGAAAAUAACAUAAGUUGUGAAAAAUCAGUGCCAAAAAAAACCCGCUAAAUAAUUACUCUGCGAGAGCUAGGCACGUGCCAAGAUUGUGAAAAAUAAAACUACGUCGCAAAUCUAGUUCAUUUCCAUCAGAAAAAAAAUGGACGGAAAAGUGUGAAAGUGAACAGUGAAACAGAAUCAUCAUCGCAGCAAGCGCUGGUUUAUACGAUUUGUUUUGAUAAGUGAAUCAUCGGCGGCGUCGUGCAGCGCAGAACCCACGUGUCCAUAUAGGAGGGAGCAGCCUCUGUCUUCCGAUCUACCACAAAUGAGGGAUCAUGUCCGGAAUUUUCAAAUACAAUCCCAAUCGGGCGGCGGCGGCCAGUACGCCCAACCGGCGAUCAGCGUUCGGAUUCGGAUUCGGUGGAAGCCCCGUACAACAACAAGAUGCCACCAUGGAUAAUUCAUAUUCCAUGGGCUUUCGCUCGCCUUCGAUGAAUACCCUGGCCGGACAGCCCACCAGUCCGGGUCCGGGGCGUUCCCUGCGCGAGCACGAAGAGCAGAUGUCCGCGCUGAGGAAGGAAAAUUUCAACUUAAAACUGCGGAUAUAUUUUCUAGAGGAGAAUGCCGGUAUUAAGGCGGGAACUCCCGGCAACAUUAGCGGCGGCAGCGGUGGCAAUAACACUGGAAUCGGUCACGGCUCAUCGACGGACGGGACGGGAGCGCAGGAGAAUUUGUUCAAGCAGAACAUUGAUUUGAAGGUUGAAGUCGAAUCCCUCCGGAAGGAUCUCCAGGAAAAGCAAGACCUCCUCUACCAGGCGGCCAAAGCGAUGGAAAUGAUGGAGGAAGGCCAACGCAAGGUUGAGCAUCACCACCGUGAAGUGAUUUCCGACAUGGAACACCGGAUAGAGAUGCUCCAGCAGGAGAUCAAACAGGUGGAAGCGGCCGAUCGUCAACAUCAGCAGCAUGGCAAUCAGACGCGAACUGGCUUCAACGACACAAAUUUGCUGGAUUUCCUAGAGAAGAUGGAACACCGCGAGGUUAACGUGAUGGACAAGGUGCAAACGAUGGAGCUGGAGAACGCUAUCCGGCAGUUCCGUGUUCAAAACGAUGAUCUCUCCCUGAGGAUCGACGAUCUGCACAAACAGCUUGAGGAGAAAGAGCACAAGAUAAAUGCGCUGGAGCUAGAGCUGGGCGAAAUGCGAUUCGAGUGCGCCGAAAUGAGGGAUAAAUUGGACAAAAACGACAGAUCCAGCAUGGAUGCGGAGGUUACGCGUCUGAAGAAGGACCUAUUCGGGGCAAAGUCGGAACUGGCGGACAAGCUGUGCCAGCUGGACGACACCGAAAUCAAGCUGAAGGAAAAAUCGACCGAGCUGUUCAAGACGGCCAAGAUGGUGGAGAAGCUGGUGAAGACAAUCACCGACCAGGAAAAGGAACUUUCCCAGCUGAAGCGAAACUCGACUAUCUCAGAUCCCGGCACCGCAGCGCAUCCAUCAUCAUCGGUUGUGAUCCAACAGGUCGUCGUCGAUCAAAACCAGCAAAUCGUAUCGCAGGACGAAUAUGACAAUCUGUGCCUGCGGCUGAAAGCCAUCCAGACGAAGAACGACAGCCUGAUCAAAAAGCUAACAGGCGGCGGCAGUUCGAACGACCGCAAUGAAAACAUCAUCAUCAAGCAGCUCAACGAGGAGGUGAUCCAGGCACGGGAGGAGGCCGAAAAGGCCCAACGCUGGCGUAAGGAAUGUGUCGAUCUGUGUGCCAUCUCGACGGCCCGGUUGGAAGAGUUGGCCGGCUUCCUGGAUUCGCUGCUCAGAAACAAAGAGUUCUGCGGCUCGCUCUCGAUGGACCGUCGGAAGGCCAUCCGCAAGGCGGUGGACCGUAGCUUGGACCUUUCGAGGAGUUUGAAUAUGUCCAUUUCGGUGACUGGAUUCUCGCUUCCGGACAAUAGCUUUGCAAACUUGAGUUGCUUGAGUAGUUUCUUGAAGGUAUCGGACAACUGUUCACUGGUCGAGCAAGCGGAAGCGGAGAAGGAGAACAGGGCGCAGGAUCAGAUGAUAGGAAGCGCCGAAAAGGUUAUCGAAGGAUUAAAGGCAGAGAACCGCGAACUGCGUGGUCAAUUGGAGGGCCGCGUUGGAGGUAAGAAAGGUCACCCGGAAGCGCGACGGAAGUUGAUUCCGUUGAUAACCGAACCGGUAUCGGAUUCGGAAGCAUGGUCCGAACCGGAUCGGGACGUUUCUUUGGCUAGGAUCGGACUCGAGGAGCGAUCGUCGUUGACCAAUUCCGGUGGUAAGGGGAAGAAUGCAUCCAGAGGUUUGGGAGGAGUGCUGCAAGAGUUGAGCUCUACGUCCGAAAAUGAAGGCAAUGUGGGACAUCUGCGGAAGCAGGGUGUGGAGCAGCUGAAGCAGCUGCAGGAUGCCAUUCAGGAGAAGGAUAGCAAGAUCCUGGAGAUCCAGACUCGAAUGGUGGAUCUGGAUAACAAGCUGCAGGAAGAGAGGAUGAAAGCAUCCAGGACACAGGUGGAGUUGGAGAACACUCGCCAUGUGAAUCAGCGGCUGGAGAAGGACAACAACGAACAAGUUGGUCAAAUCAAGAACAACGAGAAGCGCCUGGAAGAGUUGCAGAGGGAAAUCCAACAGAAGGACGAGUCCAUUGAGAAGCUUAAGAAAGACCGAGAUCAGGCAUAUGUAGAUUUGCGAGUGGCUGUCAUGAAGCAAGAGAGCUUAAGAACGGAGUAUCAGGAUAGCCAGCAGAAGCACAAAGCCCAGAUCGAUUCUCUGCUGGCACAGGAACGUCAGCGGUUGGAGAAUCUUCGUCAAGAUCUGAACGAAUCGUUCAACAAUCAGUUGAAAGCCAAGCAAGCUUCAUUCGAUGCUAGUCUAACGGAGAGCUACAUUUCCAAGAAUAUCUACCAGGAAAAGAUGAAAGAGUUGGAAGAAGUGCACUUCCGGCUGGAGGAUGCCCAUCUCAAUCUAGUGAACAUGUCGGAGCUUGAGUCCAAAUUGAAACAGCAGAUGAAGGAGGCGGAAAAAUCGGUCCAAGCGAUGCGUAAAACGUUGGACGAAACAACUCUACAGGCUUCCAAAGCAGCAUUGGAGCGGACCAAGGCGAUGAACGAAAAGCGCUUGCUGGAAGAUGAGCUGGAGCACGUUCGCCUCGACCUAGAGACCGUGAAGACGGAGAAGAACGAACUCAAUACCAAACUGGUGGAAGCACAAACAAGACUGCAACAAUGUCAGCGCUCACCUCCGACGCGAUUGAACAGUUCCUCUGGAUACACUUCGGAGGAAGUGCUGGUGGCGAAUCGCAACGCAGCCAAGAUCGAUCAAGGCGUGCGACAGGGAAAUUCGUCUCCCGAUCUCGGCAUCGAGAGCGAUGCCGGAAGACUAUCGAAUCCGGAAAGCAUUCCGAGAAAGUUGACUACGGUCGGCAGCGACGAAGCGACCAGUCCGGCUAGGCCACUGCUCAAAACGCUGGAGCUGACAAAGUCCAUGAGCAACUUGCUGAUGGAUCCGAAAGAGGAAGCCAAACCCGAGCUCAACUCGUCAGCGUCAGCGAUUGAUACCGGUGAGUGCAGAUCGGCAAUUCACGACUGUGCAAAAAUCGAAGCCGAUUUUGCUGAACUGAAGCGUCGAUACAAGCAAACCCGUCGGCACCUGGAACUGGCCUACGAUAGUAUUAAAUCGUCCAACAAGCGCAAGGAACAGGUCGAGCGCGACAUCAAGCAGCAAAUCCAGAAGACGAACGUCGUCCUCAAGACGGUCCGGACGAAUAUGACCAACGAGCUGGAAAAAUCGUCCUCCGGUAGUGUGCUUUCCACUAGUCCAUCAUCCACGGCGGAGGGCGGCCACAAGAGCUGAAGCUAGGAGGUGGCUGUUUGGAAGGAAUUGACAAUUGUGUGGUCAUUCGUAUAAAAAGAAAAAAAAAGAAGAAUGUAAAAUAGCAUUGUAGACUGCAGAAAAAGAAGCAUGUACAUUUCGCGUGUGUUGUAGAAAAGGUAGUAGGUUAAGGCCCUAUAGGGAAAUUGUUCUAAUCGUAAGUUUUAUAGAUUUUAGGGAUUUCCUUGAUUUUUUUUCUCGGUAGAAAACUGAACUGACUGAACAAUUUUCGGCGUUUUUUUUCGUUUUAUGAACAAUGAUGAUGCUCUUAGAGGCACUCAACACACACACACACACUAAUUUAUUUGUAUUCCAUUGACGGUUUUAUUUACUGACGCUGUUCUGAUUAAAAUGAAAUUUUUAUAAUGAA